AAUAUGAUCUCCUACAGGGGAUGCAUGACCCAGCUUUACUUUUUCUGUUGCUUUGGUAUUUCUGAAGUUUAUGUGCUGACAUCAAUGGCCUAUGAUCGCUAUGUGGCUAUCUGUAACCCUCUUUUGUAUAAUGUUGUCAUGUCCCCUAAAGUGUGUUCCAGCCUUAUGCUUGGUUCAUAUUUUAUGGCAUUUUCAGGUGCCAUGGCUCACACAGGAUGCAUGCUGAGACUGACCUUCUGUGAUGCAAACACCAUCAACCAUUAUUUAUGUGAUAUCCUACCUGUGCUCCAGCUCUCCUGCACGAGCACCUAUGUGAACGAGUUGGUGGUUUUCAUUGUGGUAGGCAUCAAUGUGAUUGUGCCCAGUGUCACCAUCUUUGUCUCCUAUUGUUUCAUCCUCUCCAGCAUCCUGCGCAUCAGCUCCACUGAGGGCAGGUCCAAAGCCUUCAGCACCUGCAGUUCCCACAUGGUUGCUGUUUCUCUCUUCUUUGGAUCAGGUGCAUUUAUGUAUCUUAAACCAUCUUCUGCUGGGUCUAUGUNGGAUGAGGGGAAAAUCUCUUCUGUCUUUUAUACCAAUGUGGUUCCCAUGAUGAACCCUUUCAUUUACAGCUUGAGAAACAAAGAUGUUAAACUUGCUCUGAGAAAAACUGUGAGUAGGAGUGUGUUUUGA